AUGUCGGAGUGGCGCUCCUACUACCGGACCGAGGGCGCGGACGAGGAGGACGUGGAGCAGGAGGAGGGCGCGGAGGCGGCCGCAGAGUACAAAUACGCCGGUCGGGACAGCCUGAUUUUCCUAGUGGAUGCUUCCGAGGACAUGUUCGAGUCGUAUAAGGAUGAGGAAUACUCCCCCUUUGACAUGACCAUGCAGUGCAUCCGGAAUGCAUAUAUCAGCAAAAUUAUUAGUAGUGAUAAGGACCUGCUCAGUGUUGUGUUCUAUGGCACGGAAAAGAACAAGAAUUCUGCAGACUUCAAACAUGUUUACGUUCUUCAGGAGCUGGACAAUCCAGGUGCAAAGCGUAUUCUAGAACUGGACAAAUACAGAGGAGACCAAGGACAAAAGCUUUUCCAGGAGACCUUUGGUCACAAUGACAACUAUUCACUGGGUGAAGCACUUUGGGCCUGCUCUAAUCUCUUCAGUGAUGUUCGAGUGAGAAUGAGCCACAAAAGGAUUCUGCUGUUCACCAAUAAAGAUAAUCCUCAUGCCAAUGACAGUGCUAAAUCCAAGCUGGCCAGGACCAGAGCUGGUGAUCUUAGAGACACAGGUAUCAUCCUGGACUUGCUGCACUUGAAGAAACCUGGAGGGUUUGAUAUCUCCUUAUUCUACAGGGACAUCAUUAACACAGCAGAGGAUGAGAAGCUUGAGAUCCAACCUGAUGAGUCAGGGAAACUGGAACAACUCAUGAAGAAAGUACGAGCAAAGCAGACAAAUAAACGGGUGUUAGUCAGGCUAAAUCUGUAUCUGAGCAAAGAUCUGUCUCUAACUGUGGGUGUUUACAGCCUCCUUCAAAAAGCUUAUAAACCAUAUCCAGUGAAACUUUAUCGGGAAACUAAUGAGCCAAUUAAAACAAAAACAAGGACUUUUAAUGGAAAAACAGGCAGCUUGCUUCUGCCCCGUGAUACGAAAAGAGCUCAGACGUAUGGAAACCGUCAGAUUGUGAUGGAGAAAGAUGAAACAGAAGAAUUAAAACAUUUUGAUUCACCAGGCUUGGUUCUGAUUGGCUUUAAACCACUUUCAAUGCUAAAACAGCAUCACUUCAUCAGGCCUUCCCAGUUCAUCUAUCCUGAGGAGACCCUAGUAAGAGGGAGUACAACACUUUUUAAUGCCUUAUUGGUGAAGUGCUUGGAGAAAGAAGUGUUCGCGCUGUGCAGAUACAUCCCCCGCCGAAACACCCCCCCUCGCUUUGUGGCCCUGGUUCCCCAGGAGGAGGAGCUCGAUGAACAAAAUGUACAGGUAGCCCCUCCAGGCUUCCACCUUAUUUUCCUGCCGUAUGCAGAUGACAAACGGAAAGUUGAUUUUACAGAAAAGGUACCAGCCAAUCGAGAACAGGUGGACAAAAUGAAGCAAAUCAUUCAAAAACUCAGGUUCAAGUACAGGAUUGAGAGCUUUGAGAACCCAGUUUUGCAGCAGCAUUUCCGGAACCUGGAGGCUCUCGCACUGGAUAUGAUGGAACCGGAGCAAACUGAAGAUUUGACAAUGCCAAAGGCUGGGGAGAUAAGCCGUAGGCUGGGCAACCUGGUGGAAGAGUUUAAGCAGCUGGUUUAUCCUCCUGACUAUGAUCCUGAUAGGAAGACUGUAAAGCGGAAACAGGGUACUGUUGAUGGUCAAGCUGAGAAGAAAAUCAAGACAGAAAUCUCAACAGAUGAGCUGAGGAGCCACAUGCAGAAGGGCACCCUAGGCAAGCUCACAGUACCUGUUCUGAAGGAGGCGUGCAGGCUUUGUGGCCUGAGGGGUGGUGGAAAGAAGCAGGAGCUCAUGGAUGCAUUAAUUGAAUACUUUAAAGACCACUAAGCAGGAGAAGUCUAUUGUUCGACUUCUUUCUGCUUAAAGUUUUAGUUAUCUUAUGUGGAAGCUGUCUGUACAGUCUUGCUAUAGAGGAGGAUAGGACUCAAUCUUGCUGAAUAUAGCAGUGCAG